AUGAGUGGCGAUGAAAUGAAACCUUUAUCCGCAAGAGAUCGCCGAUAUUCUGUAAGUAAUGCAUUUAGUAAUUAUGUCUUUACUAUUGCCAGUCGUCAGUCCUUAAUUUCGUUCAAUGUGAAUAUGUUAUAUAAGAAUGCAUAAUAAAUCGUGCCAUAUAUAUUCAUUAAAAUUAUAUGUAUUCAUACCUGCAGGUAAUAAAUGUUAAGUGGUCAAGUACAUUGCUAAAAGAGGAAGGUGAACCCUCCACCUCGACUGAACAAGGUGAAACCUCAACAAUGGCUGAAGUUUAUACUGACAAAGGUGAACCAUUUACUUCAACAUUGACUGAUCAAGAUGAACCCUCAACAUGGCCUGGGCCUAGUGGUACAGAGGAUACAUUUGUCCAAGCAAUUGACCAGGUUGGUAGUAGGCAGUGAACUAAAAAUACCUGGAACGCUACCUCCAAUAGGAUUGGCUUAUGAUCGGAUGAUGCCAAAUUUUACCUCCAGCCGCGCGUGUUCUACCUCCAGACACGCGCGUUUGUGUUGCGAGAUAUUCUCGCGAGACCAUUUCGGCGAAGUGACUGAAUGUUUUUUCUCGGGCGAAUGGAUCGAAAAUUGUCGUUUAUUUAGGGUUUUAAGCUAUAUUUUUGUAUUAAAAGUGUAUUUAAAACAUAUCUUGAACCCUACCUACUAAAAUUGCAAGGAAGAAAGUAGGCGAUUGGAGACAACAAGUGCAUAUUUGAAUGACUGGAACGUUUAUAUGCAGAAGAAACUUGAGAAAGAUAAGUAAUUCUUUAUCUUAACGUAUUAAAUAUAUGUUUAUAACAACUUCAUUGAUUGUUAAACAAGAUAAGUUUAUUUAAUCUGUAUCUAUCACUUUGUUUGCCUUCGUUGACGACUUGUUCUGUGUAUUUCUUGCCGAAUGUGAAUAAUCGCAACAUGAAAUACUUGUCCGCGAAAAAAACUUUCUUAAUGUCUUUAAUGUUUAUAUUUGUUGUAAAACUUACUAAAUACUCUAAUACAAAACAUAAUUAAACUGUGGUUGGUAGUUUGAUCUUGUUAGAAUACCUUUUUUCCUAACUUUCGGACGAAUAAAUUGGAAAACGAAUGAGCAAAAUAGGGAAAUUCGCACAAAUACUUAUGAUUAGACCACGGCAAGCUCCUCUCCUCGCUCAACGUUUUUCUCAAAAAAGGAAAUUUAAUUAUGAAUUCUACACAAAUAAAUUAAAAAUAUUUUACUCUAGAGUUUUGAAGGAUGUUUUUAUUGUAAAAUAUGUACUGGUAGGUGCAUUUUACGUCGUCUUAAACCAUGUUUUAGUGCAUUUUUUUACCCAGUUUUGGAAAUUUAAAAAACCCGCGUUCAUUUCCGUUACGUGAAAAGACUGGGCAUGACAACAGUGGGCAUGCCUGGGCAUGGCUUUACAUUUCCGGUUGGAGGUAUCGUUCCAGUUAUUUUUUGUUCAAUGGUAGUAGGCCGUAUUCCCUGGCCCCAAAAGUCGCUUAGAAAACGAUUUUUGUUACCCUCCUUCGGGCACUACUUUAAAUUUACAUGAAUCUAUAGAUUUUUAUACACUGAGUUCGAAUUCACUUGUUGUCACUCACACAAACCUGCAGUUUUUUUGCAUUUUACGAUCAAACAUCAACAUUUUUUAUUAAAAUUUCCGCCAUUUUGUUCAGGAAACUUCAUGUUAUAAUACAGUUAUUGUACUACCGGGUGUCCCAAAAAAAAGUACUCCGGUUUGAUUCGUAAUAACCUCCAAACAAUUAAAGAUUUUAAAGAGAAAUAACUAGCAUCAAAUAUAGGAAGGACUAACUUAGAUUUUGAUAUAUUAGAGUUGUAUUUCACUUAAAAAUUCACGGAGAUAUUAAUGUUUAAAAUCGGGAGCAUAUUUCUGGAUGUGUCUGAAAUAUGCAAAAAACGGCGUAUCAAAUAUUAAUCAACAUUUGCCCGACUGAAACGUGCACUAUUACCAGUAAAUAAAUGACAUUUGACAAAUUGUUUAUUAUGAAACAAAGUAUUAUUAUCUAUACAAAAUACAAGCAAGAUUUAUUUGUCCGAAAUCCAUGUGCAUGUUUUCCUAGCACGAAUACGUUUCCUUAUUUCAUGAGACCACGGCAUCGCGAAGGAUCGUCAUGAAUAUCCGCGUUCGUAUAGUUCUGAAUUAGGGCAUGCUGUCACAAUAGAAUUGUGAAGCUAGCUCUUCUAACUUCUUCGAAGUUCUGAAAUCUUGUUAAGAAAACUCAAACUCUUUUGCCUUUUCUUAAUCUUGUUUAUCUUGUUAAGUUCAGAAUAAACUGAGAAUGAAACACAAUCAAACCAUACAACUCCAUAAGUCAUAACAAGCAACUCCCCAGAGACAUCCAACAUUUUUGGAACAAAACGUAACAAAAUAGUAGCGUCGAUACUGUGAUGUGUAUUUGCAAAAAGCAAUAUUAUUUCCUUCAUAAUAAGAAUAUUAUUCAUCAUGCUCUAACCGAGAAAUAAUCAACUCUGUUUUUAACCCAUGAAAAACAUAAAAAAUUAGGCUAUUUAAUUUUAAAAAAAUUUAGUGGUCUUUCAUGUACCUUUAAGUUUGUAGGCUAAAGACCUAUUAAAUACUUGCAUAAUUUCGAACAUUCAUAUUUCAGGAAAUAAUGACAUGAGCUAAGACUUACAUGCAUGUUAAGAUGUCUAAAUCUACGCCAUAUCCCUUAUACAAACCCUAACGACAAUUCGUUGAAAUACAAGUUAGCCUGAUAUGUCAUAAACAAAUAAACGCUGGAGUUAUAUUUGAUAUGCCAAUUUUCGCUAAUUUUAGACACAUCCCAAAAUAUGCUCCCGAUUUUGAACAUUAAUAUCUCGGUGAAUUUUUAAGUAAAAUACAACUGUAAUAUACCAAAAUCUAAGUUAGUCCCUCCUAUAUGUAAUGCAAGUUAUUUCUGUUUGAUAGCUUUACUUGUUUAGAAGUUAUUAUAAAUCAAACAGGAGUACUUUUUUUUGGGACACUGGUAGUUCAAGUCUCUUAGCAGGGGGGUUGCACGCGGUAUUAUGCAUUUUUAUCAUUCUUCUCUGAGGAAAAUAUACAGAAAUAAAUAAAAAUAUAGAUAUGUUUCCACAAUAUUAAAGUGCGAAAGGUAAUAAUACAUGUUUGUAAAUAAUCAGGAACUAAUCUACUGUUCUUGUCAUCCAUAAAGACUCACUUGUCCUUGGUAAAGUUGUUUAUUUUAUUUAUUAUUGAAAUUAUGUACAUAAUUUUAGCCUUGCAAUGUGAAUAGGCAAUUUUCCUGGGUAUUGUCUACCUGAAAUUUUUGUCAACAAUAAAGUUUUGAAGGUUUUACCCCUCAGAGAGAUUUCAAAAUAAAUUUUAACUUUGAAACUUUCUAAUCUCCUAGGCAAGCCAGCCCAGGUAACCCGAGUUGAUUUCAUCCCAUGUUUACAAGAGACUUAUGAGGCGGGCUGGCUUGCCAAAACAGAUCAUUGGUAUCACUGCUAUAAAUAGUAUAAUAUAAUAUUUUUUACUUCUCAAAAUCUUGCCUAGACAGGCCAGCCCAGUUCCAUAUAAAUGCAAGACGAAUAUUUACUUGGUUUAAAUUACAUAGCGACGUUAGAUCUUGGCAAAGCGAGCCAGCUCGGGUAUCCGGCUGGCUUGGAUACCCCCUAAGGAAAUGAAGAAAUGUUAUUUACAUCAAUAGAUUGAUGUGAAUAGAGUAGUAUUUAAUGCCCAGCUGUUAUCCAAGAUCUAAGGCAUGGAAAAAAGAGUCUUGGCUAGGCAGCCCAACCGGGAAGAAGGUUUAUGUAACUAAUGCAUAUUCAUUUGGUAGGUAUAGUGAUGCCAGAUUACUUUAAAUUUCUAGUGCCUGCCUGGCGAAAUAUAAAUUAAUAAAUUAUCCCUUCUCCAAGUACUUGGCAAUGAGUGGCAGCUCAAAUAGGAUUAGAGCUUAUUAAGGUGAUGAUGGUGAUGAUGUAUCAUGACAAUAUGUUGUUAAACCUCAAAUGGCUCGACCAAUUCAUGUCUCUAGGUGGCAUGACUUUGAGAUUUGCUUGUGUGAAUAUAAUUUUUUGCUUAGUACCUUUGUUCCAGGAAGCCCAUGCAUAUGCUUGCCUCAACAGUGUCAUAUAAAUUGAAACAUCAUGCAAGCUUCUUGUAUUGUAGCUGUAUCAAUUGGGGCUACUGUAUGUCCUGUAUGGCCACCACUUGCUAAUGUAAAUACUUUAAUAACAAUAAGUGAUUAAAAAAAUAUGGCUAAUCUAGGCUGGGUUAACUCCAUAUAAACAGACCAAAAGUAGGCUGUCAGUCUGUCUUAGAGUGAAAGACAUCUUCCAAAAGUUUUUUUUAUAAAGCUCAAUGUCAUGAUAGCAAAACUUUUAUUAUAAUACAAGGAAAUGGAACAUACCAUAGUUAAUAGAAUAGAUGGUUUGGAAACUCAUUAGAAUAGCAAUAUAACUGAUUAUCUAUAUGUUAGUCAACGUUUACAGAGGUGUAACUUAACACUUGCCCGGGGCAAGUGAAUAUCAUGACGGGCAAGUAAACAUUUUAUCUUGCCCGAUUGGGCAAGUUGCCUCUUGCCACAAAAAGCUCGGCUUUCAUUAUCGGACAUUUUUUUAAUGGUGCACUUGAUUCAAAUUUUGUUUUUUGUGGGCCAAAGCUAGAUCUAAGGCAGUAUAACAUAGCCAUAUAGAGCAGUGGGAGAAUGAGUCGACAUGUUGCCCCCUUGAUUUAUACCCCCUGGCAAAUGAAUUUUAUUCAGGGCAACUAAUUUUCAUGUCCAAUUAACUUGCCCUGAGAGCAAGUGGUCAAAAAAGUAAAGUUACACCACUGGUUUAUUCAUAAAUCUGGUCUCUGUAUUUUUGCCUAACUAACCAAUAGCAAUGUCUUAGGAAAGUUAUCUAUCCGUGACUCAAACAAUAGGGUAAAUUAAAAAUGACAAGAAUACAAGGUGGAUUUGGCAAGAAUACAAUACACACAUGACGAUGAAGGACCAGAUUUAUGAAUAAACGUUGACUAACAUAAAUAAUGAGUUUCAGCCAAACCAUCUAUUCUAUUAACUGUGAUGGAACUCGUUAUGUGCAGAUUUAUAUGGAUGAGCUAAUUUGAUCGAGGUCAACUGCUACUAAUGGGCAAUGGUCUAUUUGUGCUAAUAAAUUAUCUAGGUGACUAGGUCUAAAAUUUUAUACUAAACUACAACAAAUAGGUCUAACAUUUAUUAAUUGACUGUAAACAACAAGUAUAUUGUGCUCCUUAUUCAUUGUUAAAUUAACAAAAAUUUGAAAGAAAAAUUGCCUAUUCACAUUGUAAGGCUAAAAUUAUGUACAUAAUUUCAGUAAUAAACAAAAUAAACAACUUUACCAAGGACAAGUCAAGUGAGUCUUUCAGUCUUUGUGGAUAAAGUGACAGUCUUUGCAAUUUCACAUCAAGGUGAGGCAAAAAAAACAAAAGUUGGUGCAAUAAAGAAUAGUAGAUUAGUUCCUGAUUAUAUACAAACAUGUAUUAUUAUCUUUUCCAUUUUAAUAUUGUGAAAAAUAUCUAUAUUUUUAUUUGUUUCUGUAUAUUUUCCUCAGAAGAAUGAUAAAAUGCGUAAUACCGCGUGCAACCCCCCCUGCUAAGAGACUUGAACUAGUACAAUAAUUGUAUAUAACAUGAAGUUUCCUGAACAAAAUGGCGGAAAUUUUAAUAAAAAAUAUCGAUGUUUGAUCAUAAAAUACAAAAAAACUGCAGGUUUGUGCGAGUGACAACAAGUGAAUUCGUACUCAGCGUAUAAAAAUCUAUAGAUUCAUGUGAAUUUAAAGUAGUGCCCGAAGGGGGGCAACAAAACUGAACGAAAAGCAGUCAGGGAAUACGGCCUAUAGUUGUAAACUAUUGUAUUUACUUAAUAUUAUUUUAUUUUAGACUAGCACACGUGAAACUGUUGAAGUUGCUUGUAAAAAUUGCACAAAGCUGAAAUAA